AUGGAAGCCGUUCCUUAAAUUUUCCGUGUUCUCUAUACAUAUUUUGUAAAAUUUACUGGUUUUAAACAUUAAUUGAAAGGCGGUUGACGAAGGCGAUUUCCAAGUGUUUAAGCGCUAGCUGUAGCACAACAAAACAAGCACCAUGGAUCAAAUGGCGCUAAGUCCGGGGUUCUCGAUACCCAGUAUCGGAACCCCGUUGCACCAGCCUGAGGAGGACCAACAGAUUCUACCGCACGCUUACCAGCAGCAACAAUCGAUGCCGCACAUGACCCCGAUGGGCGGUCUCAGCUCGUACGGAAUGCCUUCCAUCGGUAUGGGAACACCCGGGAAGAGUAUGCACACCUAUGCGCCUAGUUUCGCAGCACCACAGAGUAUGAUUCAACCACAGACACCGCAAAGCCUAAUGUCACCCAUGGUACCAAUGACGGAAGGUAAAGCUUCGGCAACACCCAGCCACCAAAACAGCGGCGGAAGCGUGCGGGAUCCGGAGAAUAUCGGCAGCGUUAACAUCCACCAGACGAUGGGACCCGCAACACCAAUGACCCCGAUGACACCGAGUGAGCCGGCCAUACUGCCACAGCUGCAGAACAUCGUGUCCACGGUUAAUCUGAGCUGCAGACUGGAUCUCAAGAAAAUCGCUUUGCACGCCCGUAAUGCAGAGUACAAUCCGAAACGAUUCGCCGCGGUCAUCAUGCGAAUCCGAGAACCUCGAACCACGGCGUUGAUAUUCUCCUCCGGAAAAAUGGUUUGUACCGGAGCCAAAAGUGAGGAAGAUUCCCGUUUGGCUGCGCGAAAAUAUGCGCGUAUUAUUCAGAAGCUGGGCUUUACGGCAAAAUUUCUUGAUUUCAAGGUACAAAAUAUGGUCGGCAGUUGCGACGUUCGGUUCCCGAUCCGACUGGAGGGUCUAGUCCUGACGCACGGCAAGUUUAGCUCCUACGAGCCGGAACUGUUCCCCGGGCUGAUCUACCGUAUGGUGAAGCCGAGAAUCGUGCUGCUAAUUUUCGUCUCCGGCAAGGUUGUACUGACCGGUGCCAAGGUGCGACAGGAGAUCUACGAUGCGUUUGAUAAUAUUUAUCCUAUUUUAAAAAGUUUCAAAAAACAAUAGUGGCCGUAUUUUGGAUUUUUUUUUCGUUACCGAUUUAUCAGCAGUCAAAUGAAGUAUAGAAUUAGAAGCGGAAAAUGUACGUCUUCGUGCGGGAAAUCAUUGUUGCACAAAACGACGUUUUUCUAACCGCAAAGAAGCAUUUGAUAUAGGACAUAACACGGUAACAGCGCAAUGUAUUGUCCAUUUAAAAGUAAUA